CCCUUGAGAAUUUUAAAGAGAAACCAAUCGAGAGAGAUCAAAAUGCUUCGUGUUAUCUUCCUCUUGUCUUUCCUCUUAACUCUCUCCAAUGCCGCUGUUCAAGAUUUCUGCGUCGCUAACCUGAAACACGCAGAUACUCCCUCGGGUUACCCUUGCAUUCGCCCCAUUAACGUGAAAGCCACGGACUUUGUGUUUACCGGGUUAUCCACUCCUGGAAACACUUCCUCCAUCAUAAAUGCAGCGGUCACUCCUGCAUUUGUGGCUCAGUUCCCUGGAGUUAACGGGCUCGGCCUCUCCAUUGCCCGGCUUGACCUUGCUCCUAAAGGUGUCAUCCCAAUGCACACUCACCCUGGUGCCUCCGAGAUUCUCUAUGUCCUUGAUGGCUGCAUUACCGCAGGGUUCGUGUCCUCAUCCAACGCUGUCUACGUUCAGACGCUUAAAGCGGGUCAGGUGAUGGUUUUCCCACAGGGCUUGCUUCAUUUCCAGACGAAUGCUGGUGCUUCCACUGCUGCAGCCAUUGUCAGCUUCAGCAGCCCUAACCCGGGUCUUCAGAUUCUCGAUUUCGCGUUGUUUGCCAACGGUCUCCCCACCGAGCUUGUUGCUGCUACUACCUUCCUUGAUGCUGCUCAGAUCAAGAAGCUCAAGGGUGUUCUUGGAGGAACUGGUUAAAACUUGGGUUUCAUUGGUUUCUUCCACUCAGAUCGUUUGUCCUGUUUUUCUUUUAUGGUCUUUCCCUUUGUGCUUCUUCGUCCUUUUUGUGUUUUGUUCAAACCCUGCGAACAUCAUGUAAUGUGUUUUGAGUUUGUCAGUUCCCAUCCUCGUGGAUUCCACUGUUCUGUUUCAGUCGUUAUGGAAUUCUCUUCAAUUGGUUCAAAAAUUCCAAGUUUA